UAGCGUAAUAAUCAAUAAUGCCUUUGCUAUUCCUCAGCUCUCUUCUGCUAUUCAUCGUGUCGAUCACAUUUGUUAUACUCACAUAUCGCGUAAUAAUCUAUCCAGCAUUCAUAUCACCCCUACGCAAAGUCCCUCCUGCACAUUGGACAGUCCCAUUUUCGCCUCUAUGGAUCUUGAUUGUUCGUCUGCAAGGACGGGAGAAUCGCGUGUUGCAUCUCGCCCACCAAAAGUUGGGUCGUUUUGUGCGCGUUGGCCCGAAUGAGUUGAGCGUCAACGAUGCCGGCGCCGUGAGGACCAUAUAUCAGGGUGGGUUCGAAAAGACGGUUUGGUAUUCGAUAUUUGACAACUAUGGCGUUCCCUGCAUGUUCUCGACGGUACCUGUAAAGGAGCAUUCUUUGAGGAAGCGAAUGAUUUCCAAUGUCUAUUCGAAAUCUUAUAUCCAGUCAAGUCAGGCCGCCAAGGAACAGGCUGCUGCUAUCCUCCAUGGUAGACUACUGCCCAUCUUGGAAGAGUCCAGUGCCAAAGGUCGAGAACCACACGGCAUCGACAUUCACUCCAUGUUCCUUGCUGCAGCCAUGGAUCUCAUCACGGCAUACAUUUUUGGUCUGCGCCAUUCCACCGACUUCCUCCGUAAUCUGGGCUAUCGAGAACACUGGCUGCAGCUCUACAAAGCGAGGGCCAACUACCCCUUCUGGCGACAAGAAUUGCCACGGUUCACCGAAUUCAUGUCUCGUCUUGGACUGAACCUCUACCCCGCCUGGGUCGAUGAUUGCAACCGGGAGCUUGGCGAGUGGAACAAGAAGCUCUGCACUACGGUUCUGGCCAGCGGUGUGAUUGGGGAGGAGACGAAGGCGGUAGACGAGCCGGUCGUGACCAAGGCCAUGCUAGCGGGGCUGGACAAGGAAGCGCAGACCAACGGCGAAAAAUCCAUCUUGUACUCUACCGCCCUCCAGCACCACAACUUGUCCGUUGCGUCGGAGCUAUUCGACCACAUCCUCGCCGGACAGGAAACCGCCGGCAUCACACUGACCUACCUCGUCUGGGAGCUCUCCAGAGACCAAGACCUGCAAAGGCAGCUGCAGUUGGAACUCCGAACCCUAGAUCCAGGCCUCAAGAGACAUCGCGACGAGACGGGACGGUGGACAACGACCGAGGACGGCACGAUCCCCGACCUCAAAGCGCUCGACUCGCUGGAGCUCCUCCACGCCGUGCUCAUGGAGACGCUGCGGCUGCACGCGGCCAUCCCGGGCCCACAGCCACGGCAGGCACCGCAUCCAUCCUGCCGCAUCGGGCCGUACGAGGUGCCGGGUGGCACGCGGGUUUCGGCGCUCGCUCACACGCUCCAUCGGGAGGAGGCGGCCUUUCCUGAAACUGAGGUGUGGAACCAUACGAGGUGGUUGGGAGCAGAUGAGGAGGUGAGAAAGGUGAUGAAUAGGCAGUUUUGGGCGUUUGGUUCUGGUGGGAGGAUGUGUAUUGGGUCAAAUUUUGCCAUGAAUGAGAUGAAACUGAUAGUUGCGGCAAUAUACUCCAACUACACGACUCACAUUGUCGACGAUGCCGGCAUUGAACAAGACGAUGGAUAUAUCGCUGGACCCAAGAGCGGCAGACUGUGGAUUAGGCUGGAGCCUUUGGUGUGAGAAAGAGUCGACACACGGCUGUGAGCAGAGAUAUGGGUACAUAUAUAUGUUAGGAUACCAGUCCACUUGCUUUGAAGUUUUUAUUUUUUUUAUUUUUUAUUUUUUUUACAAUGUUCGGUUAUAUCACG